AACAUAUAUUUCUAUACAAAAAUGGCGUUUCAUGAUUUGCGCACGUGCGAAAUGGUGUAGAAAUAUACUAUAUUUUUAUAUUAAAAAAAUUAACACAAAAAAUAUAAAAUGACGACUUGCUCAUUACUUGUUAAUAAAAAUAUUGUAAGACAAUGUUUUCGUUGUAUGAGCACAAUGAAAAAGCAGUCACCUGCUGAAUAUUGUUUGGAAUUGGUUAGGAAAAGAGAUUAUGAGAAUUUUUUAUGCACGUUACUACUUCCUAAUAAUAUAAAAACUGCAGGUUUCGUGAUUCGUGCUUUUAACGUUGAAAUAGCGCAAGUAGAAGAUCAAAUAACUAUAAAACAUAUAGGAAUAAUGAGAUUACAAUUUUGGAAAGAAAUGCUGAACAGUAUAUAUGAUGGUGUACCAUCAGAAACACCAGUUGCUUUAGAAUUACAUAGGAUAUUACAAAAACACAAACUUUCAAAAAGAUAUUUUAAACGUCUAAUUGAUGCUCGCUUAGAUAAAUUAGAAAAAUCUACAUUUCCGGAUAUACAAGCUGUUGAAAAUUACGCUGAAAAUGCUGUUUCAUCGAUCUAUUACUUAUUAUUGGAAGCGCAUGGUAUAAAAAAUAUAAAGGCAGAUCAUGCAGCUAGCCAUCUGGGCAAAGCACAUGGAAUUGUUACUUUAUUGCGCUCUAUUCCAUAUCAUACUCAGAAACGUGUUAUUGUUUUACCAGAAGAUAUUUUAAUGAAAUAUAAUGUAUCAUCCGAAACAGUAUUGCGAAAUAUAAGAAGCACAGCUCUAAAUGAUGUGAUAUUUGAAAUAGCAUCUUGUGCCAAACAACAUGUAGAUGAGGCGAUCUCACUUAAUACUUUGCAAGAAAGCAAAUCAAUAUUUUUACCAAUAAUUUGUAUAGAAAGUUAUUUAGAAGAAUUAAGGAGAACAGAUUUUGAUGUUUUUCAUCCACGACUUGUAAGAAGAAAUGGUUUCUUACCAUUGCAAUUAUUAUGGAGAAAGAUAACUGAUAAGUUUAGUAAAUAA